CCCUUCACUGAGCUGCUUCCUCUUCCCGUAGCCUCCGAGUUUGCUUAGGGUUUUCAACAUUUUCUCGGGAAAAACAAAGAGGAAGCGAAAAUGGUGAAAUUUCUCAAGGCAAACAAAGCGGUGGUGCUCCUGCAGGGACGAUACGCAGGCAGGAAAGCCGUGAUCGUGAAAUCCUUCGAGGAAGGGACACGUGACAGGCCGUACGGGCACUGUUUGGUUGCGGGGAUAGCCAAGUACCCGAGCAAGGUGAUCAGAAAGGACUCGGCCAAGAAGACGGCCAAGAAGUCCCGGGUCAAGGCCUUCGUGAAGCUCGUGAACUACCAGCACGUGAUGCCGACGCGCUACAACCUGGACGUCGACCUGAAGGAGGUGCUCACGGUGGACGCGUUGCAGACACGCGACAAGAAGGUGGCGGCGAAGAAGGAGAUCAAGGCCCGGUUGGAGGACCGGUUCAAGAGUGGCAAGAACCGGUGGUUCUUCACCAAGCUUAGGUUUCAAACGGCUCCAUGUUGGUCUUCACUACGAUGCAGAGGCAUUCUUUGUUUGUCUCUUAUAAGAGCGUAACCCUUUUCCAAAAUAAUUUACAUUAGCUAAAUUAUUUUAUACUAAAUAGUUUAAGUAAUUUUUUAAAAAAAUAUGCAAACACAAAAUAUGUUUUAAUAAUGUUAAGAUAUUUCUUAGCUUCUUCUUCUUUGACUUUGAAACCAUCAUCAACCAAUCAACUUCCCACAAAAUACCCAACGCCACGUGUACUAUAUUGACGCGUCCCUUUGGUUUUGGCAGCUGCCAGCCAAGUACGAAAUAUGAGAGUAAGACUAGUCUAGCCAGAAAACCAAAAUAUUUGUAUAAGCUCUCCUCUUAUCUUUUUUGGGUCCCAAACGAUAGAAAGUUUUAUUAAAGUCCAAUGGAAAGGUUUACAUCACUAGCAAGGAUAUCAAAAAUCCACUGCAACUGUCCGGUAAGCAUCUGGAUAUCAAAAACAAUCUAAGCUCUCCUCCUAUCUUCAAUCUUUAGCAUAUAUUAUAUAGACUGCUCAUCAUGAGUCACGACCACCACCAUCAUCACCGGGCUCCAGAGGUAUAUCCAUCACCACCACCUUCCGGUGCAGUUCACGGGAACAGUCAUGGUGGUCCAUAUGUUGUUGCACCACCAGUUGCUUACCCCAUGAAACAUGAUGGUCCUGAAUACCUCCAACAACCAACUCCCUACCCCGAGCAACAACAGCAGCCUACCGAGUCUCAUCAUGGUACAGGUGCUGGAUUUUGCACAGGAUGUUGUUUGGCCAUGCUUAGCUGUUUCUGCGACUCGUGCUGCUUACAGUGGAUGACAUAUUAAGGCACAAGGAAGUGUAGCUGCACCUCCCUCUUCGAAAAAUCACAUGAAGUGGUCGGAAUUUGCCCUUUUGGUAGUGCUCACCCUAAAUCCUAAACCAUCCCUUCCUCUCAUCUCAUGUCAUCAUGAGCAAUAGUACUCAUUCAUAAUCAUGUUAG